UAAGCAGAGGGCAGCGAGCGAGCGGGCCGGCGGAAAGGGAAAGCAGGGCCAGGGAGGCGACGCCAAGUCGCCAACUGUUGAAGUGGAGCUGAGCCAAAAAGCGGGCGGCGGCACCGCACCGCCCCGCGCACCGCAGGCCUUGGCGCCAUCCGGCGGCUAGGGGGGUGCUCCGCGCGUGGCUGCUCGCUACUUCUUCCAUGGUGUGGCGGCUGUGGCGAUAGCUAAAGCCUGAAGCGGCGGGUGGUGGUGUUCACGAGCCAGACGGAGCAGGCCGCCACGGCGAGACCUAGGAGGAGGAGGAGGAGGAGAUGGUCGUCUGCUCCAUGCGCAAGUCGUUCAAGGACUCGCUCAAGGUGCUCGAGGCCGACAUCCAGCACGCAAACACCCUGGCAGCGGAUUUCUCCAGGGACUACGACGGGGCCUGCCUCCAGAUGCGCAUGUCCUACAGCCCCGCCGCCCACUUCUUCCUCUUCCUCGUGCAGUGGACCGACUGCAGCCUCGCCGGCGCGCUUGGGCUGCUCAGGAUCCUAAUCUACAAGGUUUAUGUGGAUGGGAGUACCACCAUGUCCACGCACGAGAGGAAAGCAAGCAUCAGGGAAUUUUAUGCUGUCAUAUUUCCAUCCCUUAUGCAACUGCCCAAGGGGAUCAGCGACGUUGAUGACCGAAGGCAGAAGGCGGUGUGCACCGAGAGAUACCGGAGGAGAGAUGAGGACGAGGGCAAGAGGCCAGUUUCAGAGAUAGACAUCGAAAGGGAGGAAGAGUGUGGCAUUUGCAUGGAGAUGAAUAGCAAGGUGGUGCUACCCAGCUGCAGUCAUGCUAUGUGCAUGAAGUGCUACCGUCAAUGGCGAUCAAGAUCUCAAUCCUGUCCCUUCUGUCGGGACAGCCUCAAAAGAGUAAACUCCGGCGACCUGUGGAUGUUCACCGAUUGCCGGGACAUAGUUGACAUGGCGACAGUGACCAGAGAGAACAUCAGGCGCCUGUUUAUGUACAUCGAGAAGCUGCCUCUCGUUACGCCGGAUAACAUCUUCUAUGCCUAUGAUUCUCAUAGGAUGUUCCUCGUCCUAGGAUGUGGCUAAGCUUGGAGCAGGGUGUGGACUCUGACGAUAGACCUUUUGAGCCUAACAUGUAUAGUCUGUUCAAGUUUCUGUAAAUGUUUGUACAUAUUUAUUGCGCAAUGGAAGAUCUUUAGGGAAAAACCAAUUGUGUUCUGAAGUAUGCAGGCUCUAAUUGUGACACUACUUGGUGCAUGUAUUGGGUUCAAUUUGAAUGCUCUGUAGUUUCAGUUGGACAUUUUUUGUGUAUCGAAUUCAAUUUGAAUGCAAUGCAGUUUCAGUUGGAUA